CACCGCCAACGCCCCCCGCCCUCCCCGCGCCCAGCCGCGCCGCCCGGCGGGACUCCGGCCCGGCCCCUGCCCUCCCGGUGCGGGGCAGCGCGGGUCACUGACAAAGGGGCAGCGGCGGAGCUGCCUCCUCCCCGCCCCUCGGCGGCAUCCCCCACCCCCUCCGGGACCGCUCCUGAUUCGGCGGGGCCCGCUGACAGCGCGGGUCUCCCCUAGAUCAGCCCUCACCUGGAUAUAACCCUGCCGGCCGCUGCCGCCGCGAUGACAACUCUGGCCGGAGCUGUCCCCAGGAUGAUGCGCCCCGGGGCCGGGCAGAACUAUCCCCGCAGCGGGUUCCCGCUGGAAGUCUCUACCCCUCUAGGCCAGGGCAGAGUCAAUCAGCUCGGAGGAGUGUUUAUCAAUGGCAGGCCUUUACCCAACCAUAUCCGGCACAAGAUAGUGGAGAUGGCCCACCAUGGCAUAAGGCCCUGUGUCAUCUCCCGCCAGCUGCGAGUGUCCCACGGCUGCGUCUCCAAAAUUCUCUGCAGGUACCAGGAGACGGGCUCCAUCCGGCCGGGGGCCAUCGGCGGCAGCAAGCCCAAGCAGGUGACGACGCCGGACGUUGARAAGAAAAUCGAGGAAUACAAGCGGGAAAACGCGGGCAUGUUCAGCUGGGAGAUCCGGGACAAGCUGCUGAAGGACGGCGUGUGUGACCGCAACACGGUGCCGUCAGUGAGCUCCAUCAGCCGCAUCCUGCGGAGCAAGUUUGGGAAAGGCGAGGAAGAGGAGGCCGAGCUGGAAAGAAAGGAGGUGGAGGAAGGCGACAAGAAGGCCAAGCACAGCAUUGAUGGCAUCCUCAGCGAAAGAGCAUCAGCACCUCAGUCUGAUGAAGGCUCUGACAUCGAUUCUGAACCAGAUUUACCUUUGAAGAGAAAGCAGCGUCGCAGCAGGACRACCUUCACAGCAGAACAACUGGAAGAGCUGGAAAGAGCUUUUGAGAGGACACACUACCCUGACAUUUACACCAGGGAAGAACUUGCUCAAAGAGCCAAACUCACAGAGGCUCGUGUCCAGGUCUGGUUUAGCAAUCGUCGUGCCAGAUGGAGGAAACAGGCAGGAGCCAACCAACUGAUGGCUUUCAACCACCUGAUCCCUGGAGGAUUCCCACCCAGUGCCAUGCCAACUUUGCCAACGUACCAGCUCUCUGAGCCCUCCUACCAACCCACCUCCAUACCGCAAGCCGUGUCUGAUCCGAGCAGUACCGUCCACAGACCUCAGCCUCUCCCUCCCAGCACCGUACACCAAAGCAGCCUCCCUUCGAACCCAGAGAGCAGCUCUGCCUAUUGCCUCCCCAGCACCAGGCAUGGAUUUUCCAGCUAUACAGACAGCUUUGUGCCUCCGUCCGGGCCCUCCAAUCCCAUGAACCCUGCCAUUGGCAAUGGCCUCUCACCUCAGGUAAUGGGACUCUUGACUAACCACGGUGGCGUGCCUCACCAGCCCCAAACUGAUUAUGCCCUGUCCCCUCUAACUGGGGGCCUGGAGCCCACCACCACUGUGUCAGCCAGCUGCAGCCAGAGGUUAGAUCACAUGAAGAGCUUAGACAGCCUGCCUACAUCCCAGUCCUACUGCCCACCGACCUACAGCACCACGGGAUACAGCAUGGACCCCGUCACRGGCUACCAGUAUGGACAGUAUGGACAAAGUGCCUUUCAUUAUCUGAAGCCAGAUAUUGCAUAAAUGAACUGUCCACUUCAAGUUAAAGCUAGUCUUGUUUUCCGGUGUCACUCCAAGGCUUGGAUAUGAGGGAUCUUCUCGACACACUGCAGCCUAAACUGGGGCAGUCCCACUGAGAGAAACAAGCUUGUUAUGUUCUCUCCAGACAUAGUUUUUAGUAGACUUUUGAAGGCUGGACAAAGCUAUACAGAAGACAAAGGCCAAAAGCAAUAAUGAAUAAAUGUGACAUGCUUCAUUAUGAGUGGGUAUACAAAACAGAGCAGUAUUUAACAUCACAGCCUGGCAAACAUUCCAUUUUUCAGUUGUUGUUGAAAUUAAUGUUCAUUGAUUGGGACAAAUGGAACAUUUUGAGACUAAACUUAGAGCAGUUGAGCUCUGCKUACUCUGACUCAUCUGACAUCCAGUGCUGACUUUAGUCUAACUUUCAAACAGCUCAGUUUCUGAAGYAAGGUUGGGAGAACCUCUCACUGUACACACUGGAAAUUGUCAUCAAGAGGAAACAUCCCCGUCCAUAGGAAGCUGAAUAUGUGUGACAGACUCCSCAAGCAACUCAUUGGUUACCUUACCACGCUUUUGUAAUCACCUUGUCCCUAAAUGUCACUCACAGGUUUUGCUUUACCAAGAGAGGAGGUCUUGUGUAACAUGAAACCCCGAUUUUACCUUUUUGUAAGUGUUUUCCCAGUGUGUUGUACCUUUCUAAACAAACACGGGAGACAAAAUCCCCACCAACAAUGCGACUGAUUUUUCACAACUGCCUAGCAAUGUGCAAUACUGUGUACCUCACACAAGCUUUGGGAUCAUCCAAAGUCAUAGAUAUAGAAUCAGAACUAUAUUUUUGCAGGUACUUUUAUUUUUGCAGUGCAUAAUUCUGACGAUAAAAUACAGAGGUGUUGCAGUCUGCUGGAUUGCUGAAAUCCAGUUUGCUAAUCAUGAUUUAAAAGUCAUCUUCAGGAAACAAUACGAAGAAAUUAUUACGUUUACAUUUUUUUUUAGUGGUGUACAGGUCAUAGACACAGAUGGACCUGUAUUUGACACGUUUGUUUAAAUUAUACAGUGAUAUCCAAUAUAGAAAGUAUAAUUAUAGGAACCAAGGUUUACAAGAAGUUUGCAUUGUGACAUUUUAGAAUGUCAAUAAAUUUGUGUUUUGUGAUGUUGAGAGGAAGAGGACGAUGGAAGGCGGGAUUAUUUAUUUCUCUCUUCUUGGGACAAAGAGGGAGGCAGAACACAAAUACAUUCCUUUUAGCAUUAAGGACUAUGAAGUAGUGAGUUAGACUAGGUUCAGUACAGAGGUUAGUUCACACAAUGGUCUUAAGGGUGAUGGAAAAAUGAAAUAUUAUCUUUGUGUUGCAGCCUCUACAACAACAUGUGUUGUAAAAAAAAAAGAAAAAACCCAAACAAAAAAAAUCACAAAAAAGAAAACAAAAAAACAAAUGUCUUUCAUGUAAAAAGUUCAGUAAAUAUUUACUAUUUAUAAUGAAUAAACAUUAUGAAGACUUGCAAAGCACUGAUGAUUUUGUCCUAAAAUGUAGUAUUGUGCUAAAUACAUUGAUACAUUUUAAUCUGAAUAUCAUGAAGAAAUAAACCAUGUUAUC